UGGUAAAAUAAGUUGGGCCAAUUCCUCAAAACUUUGCUUCUUCUUCUUGUAGAUCUCCUAAACUUUUGGCUGUUGACUCUCUCAAUUAUGUCUGUUUAGUUUUUCCCUAUUUUCUCUCUCCAGCAAAACACCCUCCAAAUUCCACAACAUCACAUUUCUAACAAACCAAACUAACCAACAAACAAACCAUCUCUCUGUCUUCCCGCCAAUCUCUGCUCUUUCUCACAAUACUCUCUCUCUCUCUCCUCACUUCUUCACUCUCUAAGGAGAGUCAGAAAUUCAGACAAUAUAUAUGUCCCAAAAUCAAAUAAGGGUUGAAAAGAAGGAGAAGCAGUACAGAAAAACAGGGGGUGGUGGAAGAUUAAACAACACCUCGUCUGAUCACCUUCAACGCUCACUUUCCGCCACGGGCAGACCUGCCUCCCCCGUCCCUCCUCUCUCUCGUAACAAUCGCAGUUUGAAGAAGUCAAACAAUGGACAAGGUGGGAAACCAGGGGGAAAGUUUGGACCUGUAUCACCAGACCCUAUUCCUGCUGCUGCCGGUUUUCAUUGCGUCGAGAAUGGCAAUCAUGUGCAGUCUACAUUACAUGCAGUAUCUUCUGCACCAGCUGCAGCUGUUGUUUCCAAGCCAGCAGAUACAUCAAGUCAGAAGAGCAGUCAACCCAUUCCAAAAGCUCCAUCUUCUCAAUUGUCCACCAUGAUUUCAGACUCAACCUUGCCUUCAACUCCUUCAAAAGGAGAAGCGGGUAAGGGAUUUUCUCUUCAAUUUGGAUCCAUAAGUCCUGGCGUUAUGAAUGGCAUGCAGGUGCCAGCACGAACCAGCUCAGCUCCACCAAAUUUGGACGUCCAAAAGCGUGAUCAGGUUCAGCCUGCUGCUGCAAGGGCCCCACCUGCUAUUCCAGUAUCAUAUUCUCCUAAGCACCAAGUGCCUGAAAUGAGUCAUACUGCUUCAAAGAUCACAAAAGACUUACAAGUGAGUCAAGCAACAUCUGUACCUUCUCCAGUUGAACCAACACAGACUCAGAAGCCUGCUGUUAUUCCAAUGCCAGGGAAGUCGAUGCCCUUGCCUUAUCAACAACAACAACAACAAAUUCAGCCUCAAGGCACACCAAAUAUUUCACUUCAAAUGCAAAUGCAGAUGCCUCUUCAUAUAAGAAAUCCGCCUCAAGUUCAGCAGCAGGUCUUUGUGCCUGGUCUUCAACACAAUCAUAUGCAGAAUCAGGGAAUCGUCCACCAAGGCCAGAACUUUGGGUUCAACCCUCAAUUCGGACCCCAGCUGCCUCAUCAGACAGCAAAUUUAGGAAUGAAUUUGUCACCUCAAUUUAAGCUGCAGCACCCUGUAAACGUUGGAAGUACUCGGAAAGUAGUGAAGAUUACUCAUCCAGAGACACACGAGGAACUGAGACUAGGAAAUAGGGAUGGCGGCUCACCUAGAUCAAGACCACCACAUAUGGGGCCUCCACAAUCUCAACCUGUGCGUUCUUAUACAUCAAUGCACUCUGGUGGCUACUAUUCUAAUUCCUACACUACAGGUCCUCCCAUUUUUCCAGCACCAAAUUCUCUUUCUCUGUCAACCACUCAAUUAACUGCUAACUCUCAGGGUCCUAGGUUCAACUAUCCCAUUACCCAGGCUCCCCCAACUAUGCCAUUUAUGAAUCAAUCUGCUUCUAAUUCUUUACCCAACGGGAAGGCUGCGCAUGGGAUUUUGGAGCCGCCCUUAGAUUUGGCUCGGAAUGUUCGCAAUGCUUUACCUUCUGUACAUUCAACUUCACCAGCAACAAAUAUUAAAGCAGCUGUUGACUCUGCAGCAGAGAAGGGUACAGACUCCUAUGCCAUUGAAAAUGUCAACUCACACAAGCUAGUCUUGAAAAGAGAUAUUGAAGUCAAUGCAAAUGAUUCUUCUUGUGUCUAUGCUCCAACCAAUACAGAUGUCAUUAAGAAGGAAGAUGUAGUCAAGUUGGACUCCACGAGGGAUGUACAGAAGGAACAUUUACAAUCAUCUCCAAAGGUUGAUGUAUCGGCUGACUCAAAUGUAUUUCAGGUCCAUGGCGAUUCUGCUGCUCCAGGAUGUGCAGAAGCUGCAAAAUCUAAUAUUUCAUUAGGGCGUGAAAACGAUGUCUCUCUGUUGAAGGAGUCUCAUGUGAGUACUGGUUCAGGAUCAACUGAUCUUGGUGUUGAAAAGGUUGCAAGUAAGGAUCAAGAUGCUACACAAAACGGUCACCUUUUGCAAGAUGCAGAGCAACAAGGGGAAAAGGAAGUUGAAGGGAUGGAACCAGGUAGUGCUUUGAAGUCUAUGGAUUUUGUUAAGACUGAACAAUGUGAUGAAUUUAAGAAAUUUGAUCAUGAGGCACAUGGUUUUGAAGCUUCUCAGGGGCAGUCUGAAUCUUCCGCUUCUGGAACUGAAGGUGAAAAGGCAGCCUUGCAAACUUCUCCAACAGAUAAUGUGUUGAAAUCUAUGUCAGAUAAAGCGGUAGCUCCUGCUUCUGCAAAUUUAAGUGAGGAGGUGGAAAUUAUAGAGAAAGAAAGGUCAAGUUCCUCUUCAUGUAAGACAAAGAAUAGUAGGGGAAAGAAGAAGCGGAAAGAAAUGCUUCAGAAAGCAGAUUCUGUUGGGACAAAUUCUGAUCUGUACAUGGCCUAUAAGGGUCCAGAGGAUAAAAAAGAAACUGUUACUGCUGGAGAAGGUGCCUCUAGGAUUAGUUUGAAGAUUCCUUCUCAGGGUGUACUGGAAAGUAGUGCGAGGAAGAAGGAUGAACAAAAUAAACUGGAGUUUGAAGAUUGGGAAGAUGCUAUUGAUGUGUCUGCAACAAAGUUGGAAUCCUCAGUUAAAGGCUCACAUCAUGAUGAAGGAGCCUUGGUGAAAAAGUAUUCCAGGGAUUUUCUCCUCACAAUUUCAGAGCAGUGUACUGAUCUUCCGGAGCUGUGUCAGAUUAUGCCUGACAUUGCUGAUAUAUUAUUUUGUUUCAAUGCCAAUGUUCCUCGUAGUGAUCGCGACUAUUCUAGUUCAGGAAGAAGUAUUGAUAGGGCUUCUGGAGCUGCCCGAAAUGAUCGGCGUGUUAAUGGGAUGGUGGAUGCUGGUAGGUGGAAUAAACAAGGUCCUCAUUCAUUAGGUAGGGAUCCAGGAUUAGAUCUUGCUUAUGGUGGCAAUAUGAUUGGAUAUCAGUCAGGCCCAGGGAUGAACUAUGGCGUUCUCAGAAAUCCGCGUGGACAUGGACCCGUUCAGCAUGCUGGUGGGAUCCUGUGUGGGCCGAUGGGUUUCCAGAGAAAUAACCAAGAUGCAGACCGUUGGCAACGAGCUACAAGUUUUGACAAAGGCUUGAUGCCGGCUCCUGCACAGGUGAUGCAUAGAGCUGACAAUAAGUAUGAAGUGGGUAAAGUUAGUGAUGAAGAACAGGCAAAACAGCGGAGGUUGAAGGCUAUUCUAAAUAAGCUUACCCCACAGAAUUUUGAGAAACUGUUUGAGCAAGUUAAACAAGUUAAUAUUGACAACGCGGUAACUCUAACUGGAGUCAUAUCUCAGAUUUUUGACAAGGCUCUAACAGAACCAACAUUCUGUGAAAUGUAUGCCAAUUUCUGCUCUCAUCUGGCUUCGGAAUUGCCAGACCUGAGUGUGUAUAAUGAGAAGAUCACCUUCAAGAGGCUGCUUCUUAACAAGUGUCAGGAAGAAUUUGAGAGGGGAGAACGCGAGGAAGAAGAAGCUAACAAGGAUGACGGUGAGAGUGAGAUCAAACAAACUGAGGAAGAGAGAGAAAGGAAGAGGUUAAAAGCACGUAGACUUAUGCUGGGUAACAUUAGAUUGAUCGGAGAGUUGUACAAGAAGAGGAUGUUGACAGAGAGAAUAAUGCAUGAGUGCAUUAAGAAGUUGUUGGGCCAAUAUCAAAAUGCUGAUGAAGAAAAUAUAGAAGCAUUGUGCAAGUUGAUGAGCACAAUUGGUGAGAUGAUUGAUCAUCCGAGAGCUAAGGAGCAUAUGGAUGCAUAUUUUGAAAUAAUGGGACAGUUAUCUAACAACAUGAAGCAUUCUUCAAGAGUGAGGUUCAUGUUGAAGGAUGCGAUUGAUCUUAGAAAAAACAAAUGGCAACAAAGAAUGAAAGUAGAAGGGCCUAAAAAGAUUGAGGAAGUUCACAGGGAUGCUGCUCAAGAAAGGCUUGGACAAGCUGGUGGUAGGCUAAGUCGUGGGAAUUCUGGAAUGAGGAGGGGUCAACCCCAAUCCCAACCUGUAGAAUAUGGUCAUAGUCAUAGAGGGGGGCCCAUGUUACCUUGUCCAGUUGGUCAUAGAGGUUUUGGUAGUCAGGUGGUUGGUGGAUAUGGUGGACAUGAUGAAAGGGUUAGCUUUGAGAGUAGGAGCCUAUCAGUGGGUUUGCACCAACCCCAACCCCAACCCCAACCACAACGUGAUGAGCCUAUUACACUUGGACCUCAAGGUGGUCUUGCAAGGGGUAUGUCAUGUAGAGGACACACAUCUAUCUCAAUUUCCCCUUCAACUGAUACUAAUACAAGUAUUGUUAGUGGUGGUUUCACUAAUGCAUCAGAUCGUGGAUAUUAUUACGCAAGGAAAGAUCAGUUUACGAGGCAGAUGCCAGUUUCUUAUGAUACAAGUUUGGACAAGUCUGUACCGACUUCGUCACCUGUGGCACAGGCAGUUGCAGCUCCAGCUGAAAGCAUUGCCUCACAGAAGGUGUGGCCUGAAGAACGCUUGAGAGACAUGUCUGUGGUAACAAUUAAGGAGUAUUAUAGUGCAAACGAUGAGAAGGAAGUUGCGUUGUGCAUCAAAGACUUGAAUGCUCCAAAAUUGUACCCCAGUGUUAUAUCUAUUUGGGUUACUGAUGCUUUUGAGAGGAAAGACUUGGAGCGUGAUAUGUUGGCAAAGCUGCUCAUCAGCCUCACAAAGCCGCCUAGGGAUAGCAUGUUUAGUCCACAGCAGCUUAUUGAAGGUUUCGAUUCUGUAUUAAGAAACUUGGAGGAUACUGUGACUGAUGCCCCAAAAGCACCAGAGUUUCUGGGACAGAUAUUCGGUAAGGUCAUCUUAGAAAACGUGUUGUCCUUAAAAGAGGUGGGUAGGUUGAUACACAAAGGUGGUGAGGAACCAGGCCGUCUUGUUGAAAUUGGUUUGGGAGGCGACAUUCUAGGGAGCGUACUGGAUACCAUUAAGUCUACCAAAGGAGAAUCAAUGUUGAAUGAGAUUCGAACAACCUCCACUCUUCUACUCCAGGAUUUCCGACCUCCACCUCCCCUCAAAUCUAAGAAACUAGAGAUGUUUAUUACAUAAAGGGAUGAUGAUGAUGAUGAUGAUGUAGUUAAUGAUGCAUUCUCACUUAACUGUGAGCUUCUGUUUCUCUGACAUUCAUAGCUAGCAACUGAAAUCAAAUCAUUAUUUUUUUGCACCUAACUAAUUAUGUGCAGUGCAGGUUGACAUACAGAUUUUUUCUUGAUGGAAAACUAUAUAGUAAUUUGCAAUCUAUUUAGUUAGUGAGUUGUGAUUCUGGGAAUCUAAUACAGAAGGAGCUAAAUUAGUCA